GAUACACUCAUAAACACAGUUUGGAAAAAUUGAAAACAAACUCGAAAUGACUGACAUGAUAUGAGAUGAGCCUAUGUAGUUGAAUCGAACACUUUGCUUAACUUGAUUGAGGCAGAUGAUACAAAGGAUUUCAGAUUGUUGUUAUAGAUUAAAACUGAAUCAAUGUUUCUCGAGUGUGAUACAUUUGGUGAUGACAGCAAAGUUGCCUAAGACUGACAGAAGGGACAGCCAUAACAAACCUUCAAUAUCAAAGACAUCAACAAGUCUCAGAAGUUGAUGUAUAAAUUCAAUUAGAAACUUGCACAGAAACAUCCACCUUUUAAUUUGAGGUUUCAUACAAUCAUCGACAUUUUUGGAAGUGUAUGCCUUGCUUUAUUUCAGUCAUCCUUGUAAGCUAUUGAAUGUGUCUGCCUGUCCGUCCUCCUCCUCCUUCUGCUCCGAUUCAUUGACAAUCUGCCCGAUUAGGAGACACAUCAAAAGACCAGGCGACGGCGGACGCAGUACGGUUUUUCUCAACCUCCCUCUCCUGGACUUUAACCCAUAUGGAGUUUCAUUGAAGACUUUAGAGUGAAUUAAAACGUUUUAUUUCGGGCCCCUGUGGUUGAACGGGAUCCAUACAGUCAUAUUGUCCCAACAUUUGUCGCCGUUUUGUUUGGUUAUUAGAUAUCAACCGGAGCCUGCCUGUGCUGCUGACUGAAGGAGCCGAGCCCAUGCGGACUGUAAGCCAUCUGACCUAGCCUAAACUCUUAUCAAUGAAGCAGGAGAUCAUGGCGGAGGGUCCCCGGUGUAAGAGGCGAAAACAACCAAACCCACAGAGAAAGAACGUGCUGACAUAUGAGAAUGAGGUGGAGAUGAGCUCUGAGACAGACGAGGAUGACAAGAAGCUGCUCUCAGAGGAGAAUGGCCUGACCAAUGGGGAGGAGGGUGGUAUCCCUGCUGGAGGCAGCGUGCCGAACCUGGAGAAAUCACCCAGGGUGGGCCACGCCCUGCUGUCCUACAGGGGUGGAACAGAGGGAUCAGAGGGCGGGGACGGGCGGCAGAGCCACCACCACGCCUGCCGCCUGGGAGACAACCAACACAGACACCUCAAUGGGACUGAUGAAAGGAAGGAUGAAUAUGAUCCCUUGGGGCCAGAGGGGUCUCUUCACUCUGUAGGAAGUGGUACAGUUAAUGGAAUGGAUGGGGUGUCAGAGCUUGACGACUACUUCACUAAGUGUAGUAAACUGGAGGAGAGUGACGGCCUCUCGGCCAGCAUCGCUGAAUACCUCCAGCGUGGCGACACCGCCAUCAUUUACCCAGAAGCCCCAGAGGAAGUGACACGACUCGGAACUCCCGAAACCAUUGGGCAAGACGAAAACGAAAACGAACUGUCACCUGGGACUCCAGAUGCUUUCACCCAACUGUUGACCUGUCCUUACUGCGACCGGGGCUACAAGCGGCUGACAUCGCUCAAGGAGCACAUCAAGUACCGCCAUGAGAAGAAUGAGGAGAGCAUACCCUGCCCACUGUGCAGCGAGACCUUCUCACACCGAACACUGCUGGAGAGACAUAUGGCCAUGCACAAGCCAGGGAUCGAUCAGCCCCAGCUGCUGAGUGAAGGGGCCGGCAAUCGCAAGUUCAAAUGCACUGAGUGUGGAAAAGCCUUCAAAUACAAGCAUCACUUGAAGGAGCAUCUUCGCAUUCACAGCGGCGAGAAACCAUACGAGUGCUCCAACUGCAAGAAGCGUUUCUCCCACUCCGGCUCCUACAGUUCCCACAUCAGCAGCAAGAAGUGUGUCGGUCUGUUCUCCGUCAAUGGACGAGUAAGUAAUGGAGGAGGCAACGCCAAGGCUGGCUCCUCCCCUAACUCCACCGCCUCCUCCCCGGGAAGCCCCGCCCUGGCUCUGCUCCGCCACAAGCUGGAGAACGGCCGCCCCAUGGGGCUCCAAGACCAGCAGGGCCACCUGGACAUCAAGGCAGAGCCAAUGGACUUAAACGACUACCGGCUACUGAUGGCCUCCCAGUAUGGCGUCGGAGGACCAGGGGGCUACAUGAAUGGAGCCUGCCGAGGAGGCAGCCCCCUGGGGGUCCACAGCUCAUCCCAGAGCCCCCUGCAGCACCUGGGUGGAAUGGGGUUGGACCUGCCCCUGCUGGGAUACGGGUCCUUGGGGAACAACCUGAGCGAGGUGCAGAAGGUCCUCCAGAUUGUGGACAACACGGUGUGUCGGCAGAAGAUGGAUGGGAACCCGGAGGAGAUCUCCAAGCUCAGGGCCUAUAUGAAGGAGCUGGGGGCUCAGAUGGAGGAACAGAAGCUGGCCUUGUCCUCUCCGCGUGCCAGCUUCCAGGCGGUGGGCCAUGGCAGCCCCACCAAGAGCAUCAUCGACUACACCCUGGAGAAGGUGAACGAGGCCAAGAGCCUGAUCGAUGACUCCAAGAGGCAGAUCAACAUGGACAUAAAGAAGGAGAGGCUCAACCACUCGACGGAUCGUGAGGACAAGUCGCAACGCGAAAGCCACCUGGUUCCAUUCCUGCCGUUCUCCUGCCAGUUCUGCAAGGAGACCUUCCCAGGACCCAUCCCACUGCACCAACAUGAGCGCUACCUGUGUAAGAAGAACGAGGAGAUCAACCACCUUCAGCCCAGCGAAGACGUGUCUCUCAGCCACAGGGGAGUGUUCCCCUCAGACCAGCAGGCCUCCCUGCUGUCCUCUCUUUCAGAGAGGGGCGCCACCAGCCCCGCCAACCCCUUCAAGGACCACAUGUCAGUGCUCAAGGCCUACUUCGCCAUGAACACAGAACCCAACUCAGAGGAGUUGCUGAAGAUCUCCAUCGCAGUCGGCCUUCCGCAGGAGUUCGUCAAGGAGUGGUUCUCCCAGUGGAAGAAUCAGCAGCAACAACAACAACACAACAAGGGCAAUGCCAACCCCAGGAAGCAGUCACCGCCGCCAGAGCGGAGCAGUGCAGAGGAGCGCAGGCACCACAGGCUAACCAGGUCACCAAUGUCCACGGCGCAACACGUGGACCGUAUCAUGGCACUCGCUGAUUUACACGGUGGCAACACCAACGGUGACCGUGACGCUCUCCACAGACACUCAGAGGCCAACCAGUUCACAGCAAACAGGCAGACGGGUGACAAACCACUAGACCCCUUGAACCAACUUAGAAGCAGAACUCCAUCUCCUCUAAAUCUCUCCUCCACUUCUUCUAAAAACUCCCAGAGCAGCUCGUACACUCCAAACAGCCUGGCCUCUGAAGGGGAUGGCCAUGGGGGGGACGCACCGUUGGACCUUUCUCUGCCAAAACACAUGAUGAGCAACAGCAUCUCACUGGGAGAAAAGAGGUCCGAACCAAACGGCUACGUCUCAGACUGCAACGGUGACCACCACCAUUCCAGCCGGGAGCAGGGUACUGAGCCCAUGGACUUGGCCCACAUCAAGAAGGAAUUCCUGGGCUCGGAGAGAGACAACAGAGGCAACCGCGGACACCAGAUGGAGAAGAGUGUCAGCCCCAUCUUUGGCAUCAACCCCUUUGGUGGUGGUCACAUGUACACAUCUCUGCCCCCACAUGGAGCAUUCCCCCCGCCUAGCUUCAUGCAGGCCCAGGCCAGCAUCCCAGGCCUGAGGCCAUACCCAGGGCUGGAUCCAAUGAGCUUCCUGCCCCACAUGGCCUACACUUAUGCAACUGGGGCGGCUACAUUCGCUGAAAUGCAACAGAGGUCGAGGAAGUACCAACGGAAACCAGGUUUCCAGGGGGAGCUAUUGGACGGCACUGUGGACUAUCUGUCAGGCCUGGAGGACCUGACAGACGAAUCCCUCCUCUCCCGGAAGAAGAUUAAGAAGACAGAAAGUGGUAUGUACGCGUGUGACUUGUGCGACAAAACAUUCCAGAAGACCAGUUCCCUCCUAAGACACAAAUAUGAACACACAGGAAAGCGACCACACCAGUGCACGAUCUGUAAGAAGGCCUUCAAACAUAAGCACCACCUCAUCGAGCACUCUCGCCUGCACUCUGGAGAAAAGCCAUACCAAUGUGACAAGUGUGGCAAGCGCUUCUCUCACUCAGGCUCCUACUCCCAGCACAUGAACCACCGCUACUCCUACUGCAAGAGGGAGGCCGAAGAGAGGGAGGCAGCUGAGAGGGAGGCGGAGGAGAGGGAAGCCUGGGACAAGGGCCAGGGCCCCAUGGAGCCCACAGAGCUACUGAUGAGGAGGGCCUACCUACAGGGUCUGGGGCCGUUGGGCUACUCAGACCCCGAGGACCAGCUGGAGAACGGGGACGACACCAUCCUGAGGGAUGGCACGGAAGGAGGAAUGAGGGGAGGACGAGGACAGAGGGAAGUGGACGAGACGUAUGAGGAGGUGACAGACAGACGAGAGGCGGGAAGUUUCAGGGAAGGAGAGGACGAGGGUGACGGAAGGAUGGACACAGCGAGGGAUGACGAGGGGAAAGGUGCAACGCAUUCGAUGGAUGACAGUUCAACAGAAGGGAAAAGAGACACCAAGUCAGACCAUUAGGAAGCAGAUUAAAUCAAUUCUGCAGUCAGUCAAAAAAUAAUAUUGCAGAAAAUAUUUGUCGUGAUGGUUUGUUUCAUUUCCUUUUCCCAUUCUUCCAGCAAACAUGAAACUUGCUUUGUUUUCAGAAGGGCACUGCAGUGGCUAAGUCAAGCAACUUGUAGCUUCUCAGAAGCUCAUAAUGAUGGACUCAUGGAAUGUGGUGACUGACUGCCAACAUCAGAGUUGAGAUGACAAGCUGGGUGGUAUUAUUUAAGAAUCAACAUUAUGAUGUAAUAAUGAUUACCAUUAUAAUAAACAAAUUAAAUGAAGCUGUCUUUAAUGUACAGUGUUAAAUAAGGCCUAAAAGCUGUGUGGUGCUAUAAUGUUGUUAACCCUUGUGUUUUAUUGUGUUCAUACCCCAAACCAGGAAAUUGCACUCUGCCCAUUUAAUCACUACAAAAACAAUAAAAAACUAUUUAAAAAACCCUAUGUAUAUUUAUACCGUGCUUGAAGACUUGGUAGCAGUCCGUCAGUGUUGUACUUUGUCUACUACUUACUGUGAUGUCCUUGGUUCUACCCUCCCUUUUGCUCGGCAAACUAACCACACCAUUUUUUGUCUUUAUGUGAAGGAAACUUUAAACCUGUGUGAUUUUGUCUUAAAAUGGACUGGAAUGAAAUGACAGAAUGAAAUAGAGAAUUGUGAAAUUACGAAGGGCUCCAUAUGACAGACAAGAGACUUAGUAUGUUUUAUUUUCUCAAGAGAAAGCCUUAUAUGCAAACCUUUUCACCUGUGCGUUUCUGCAAGUGCCAUCCCUGUACAGUGUAAAAAUCAGAGUUUACUUGUAUUAUCUUUGCUCUGGCUUCAGUAUUAAAUCAAUAUUUCACCUAGUUUUUCAAAGUACCUAUGUCAGUAUUAGCAUCGUUAGAGACAGCAGUUCGUUAGUUUACAUGUUUGUGCAAUUUUAUGUAUUUUUCAUUACCUUUUUUCAGUUUUACUUUUGUUUUUGUAGAUUUUUUUCCCAAGCAUAAAUUACAUUUCAAUCAAAUUUUAAGAUUGCCAUUUUAUUUAUGUGACUCAUUUUAUAUUUCCUAAUUGUAUUUAUUUCAUACUGUAGUGUACAGUAUUAUAGUUCCUCAACAAAUAUAUUUUAGUAAAGGAUUCUGUCAUUGACUAUUGGAGAAAAUCAUCAAUAGAGAGCACUCUAUGGUAUUUGGAAAAACAGUCAUUGUUAAAAUUGUCAAUUUUGUUCUUAUCAUUUUAUUUCCUUUAAACUACUGGAAAUUUGAAAUUUGGGGAACUUUUGAUACAAUAUUGUGAAAACACUGUAUUUUUUGACAAUAAAAAAUCCACUUUAGUCAUCCAGGUAAAGAGAUUAAGAUAGAGGGGGUGUUGAUGGAAAAUUCCUAAAAUGUCUUAAGUAGGCUAUUAUUGAAUUUUUUAUUUCUCUUGGAAAUGACCUCAAAUAAAUGUAGCCAAAAUAAAUUUGAAUAAAGCUGUGUUAUUCUUCUUGUA